AUGCACCCCCUUUGGAUGAAUAAGCCAGCUACCGAGGCUCCUAGCUGUCGCGGAUUACAAGAAGAAUCUGGCUUGAUUUCCGCGGACGCAAAGGAAAUUGAGAAAAGGAGUCUUAGGGCCGAGGCUGACAUUGUCAGCUAUGGAAGUACCUUUCAAAAAUUUGUACCCAUAGAGACGCAUUUGCGCAACCCCACACAGGUUACUACGGUGCCUGUAGUGAAUAGGCGACAACUGCAGUCCUGCGAAAACGCGGAUUCCCAGGGUACGGGUGCGGCGAUCCCCGCGAAAAGAAAAUCUAGCUUGGAGGAAGCCUACAACACCAAGGGACCAAGUCUACUCAGAUUGUCUGAAACAAUAGAAAUACCAGCUUUUCACGGGAGCGACCUUAGUAUUCCGGUGGACAGUCGACACCCACCGGGUACUAUGGUCUGCGAACCCCUACACGUCGCCCCAGGGAUUUGCGUAGCCAGAACUCUGGUAGACAUUCCAAAUGACAUACGGAGAAUUAGCCCCAUUCCUCCUAAUGACACCUAUGUAGGUGAUGCUUGGGCGGACCCACCGGCCCUUGCGGAAGUAGCAGAAUCCGCAGGAGAGUCGAUAAGAGAAGAAAAUUCGUCAGGAAGCACCGAGUCCACGUCAUACCUUCCCGUGGACGAAACUAGUUUCUACGCGACACCCAGGUCUCCCAGCGAAGAGGAGUGCGUAGAAGAAGACGGCAAAUUGGGUAGCUUCGAGACGUCCAUCUCGCCUAGGAGGAUUGCAAAGAACAAAGAAGAUGAGGACGGAGACACUCCUCCAAGCCCUAUCGACCACAAAAGAGAAGAGGAUCGAGAUCUGGAGACAGAAUUAUUACCGGCGGAAGAAGAACCCACCGGACAACAAACUCAUCAGGAACUAGCAAGAAGACAUACCAGGAGUCAAGGGCCAGUACCAGAUUUACCUUGGAUGUUCGGGCUACUCGUCAUCCUUGCAGCUAGCAUGCAGCUGUUGGAGGCGGACAUCAUCGCCUACGACUGCAAGGACGACUCCGUGGAGCUCACCAAAGUCUCGCUGUUGAAGGUGAAGCCAUGUCUGGACCCGAGGAAGGCGGAGGAAACCAAACCAUGGGACAUCCAGCUGGUCCAGAAACGCCAAUACGUGGGGGUCCACGUAUACACCUGCCUGAUCACCGUGCAACAAACUAUCCAGCAUUGCGGGAUGCACUCGCACUCCAGCACAGUCGCAGGGGGCCUAGGAAAGUAUGUCCUGGAUCUGUCAGACUCCGAAUGCAGAAAAGCGCAGAGAUUCCAACACUUGGACCUGAGAGCAAUCGGAGCUGGUAUGGUGUCCCAGCUCACGAAAAAUGGAACGACGGAGAUUUCCACAACCCUGCAAGGACAACUAGACACAGAAGGCCGCUGUGAGGGAGUGACCUUCACAGUAGGAGAGGUUGUCUACAAAAACGUAGUCGUGUCAGGAGCUAUCACCAUCAAGCUGUCUGACUACGACACAGUUGCCAAUGUGGAGCUAAACACCAUCCACCUGAGGAGCGGCACCAUCUGCCCAUUCAAUGAUGGCGCCUGUUUCGACGAUUUGUCCGGAAUCGCACUUUGGGAGUCCCACUACGAAGACCAGUGCACCAACAAAGGAGUUGACGUAUUAUACGAAGGAAAUGCCACCCUUCUCACCUUACGUAAAGAUCCACUGAUCCAGUACGUGAUUGUGGAGACGGACGACACAGUAUUUGCCCUGAAGCUGACGAAGCCAGAAGACCUUUGCCAUCAACACGCCUGGCAAACAGAACAAAACCGCCUGCUAGUGAUUUUCCGGGACUCCAUAGGAUUCUACUUCCGGAAAUCAACGAAGAUAGCCCAGAAUACCGACAUGAUGGCGCACGUUCUAAGUAAGCUACUAUACUUAGAGAUUGCAGUCAAACGCUACAUGGCUGAUAUAGUCUAUGACGCCAUUGUAAAAAGAUGUCAACUCCGAGAGAAGAUCCUUCAAAACCGCAUCACGAUGGCACUUCAAGCUCCAGAUCUGAUAGGCAACCUGAUCAAGGAAACUACAGGAUACGUAGGACGAGUAAUGGGAGAGGUCCUAUACAUCGCUAAAUGCAAACCUAUAGUGGUAGAAAUACGAAAAUCCCAAAAAUGCUACCAAGAACUACCCGUGACAUACAACAACGAGACUUGGUACCGGACGCCCAUUAGUCACAUACUCGUCCAACAUGGUAAAGAAGUAGACUGCCAACCUCUCCUACCAGCCAACUUCCAACUUGAAGGGACCUGGAUCGAGAUCUCGCCGGCGUUGAAGAGGACAUCGUCAGUAAUGGAGUUGGACGCGAACGAAGAAAAGGACACCAUCACUCUAACGAAGAUAUCGCCUAUUUCCUCCCAUGGUCUCUACACAAAAGAGGAAAUGGACACCUUUCAACAAGCCCUAUUGUUCCCGAAUGAACGUGAGGCUGUAGCGAACGAGAUGGCAAGGCGCCUGGCCGGAAGAAAAAAUACAACCAACCGCUACUACAUGCCAGGACUCUUUACGAGAGAAGAGUUCAAGAACAUCGCCAUUACUGCGGCGGAACAUGUAUGGGGGUUCCUAUCACGUAUGGGCAACAUCUUCUCGGUGUGUGCAUUCCUAUACACCAUGCUAUGUAUUGCCAGCUAUGUCGCCAGUGUGAUCGCGAACUAUUUCACACUCCGAAACGCAGCGAGGAACCAUCCGAGGAGGAGACGCUACCUAUGGGCUAGUUUAUGGCAGGCUCUAGCUCACCGUUAUCUGUACCACCUACACACACAGCGAGAAGGGCAGUUCGAACUUCAAGAAAUCAACCACCAGAGUAAUGCCGAGACCACAACGGAGGUGGACGUCGCCAUCCAAGUAGAGCCGGUACCCACGGCUCCGGGCUAUCCACAACUGAGGCCGUGCAAGGAUAGCACGUGCCUGGAUCCACACGCAGUGGCGUAUCAAUAG